AUGUCUGCCUCGAUGAAGAGCCACAGCCAGAUCCCGGGCGAGCUCGUGGACGCGCCCGACCAAAGCAAACCCAGCAAGUCGCCCAAGAACUAUCGGGGGUUCGUCGCAGGCGUCUUCUCGGGCAUUGCAAAACUUUCAGUGGGGCAUCCGUUCGACACUAUUAAGGUGCGAUUACAGACGUCCGACAAGGCGCAUUUUCGAGGACCACUGGACUGUUUGACGCAAACGUUGAGGAAUGAGGGCGUGAAGGGAAUAUACAAGGGCGCGACGCCGCCACUAAUCGGGUGGAUGUUCAUGGACUCGCUUAUGUUGGGCUCACUGAGCGUAUACCGAAGAGUCCUGAACGACAAUAUCUUCCAUCCCGUAAGAUACCCAGGCGAACAGCAGGGGAAGCUGCCAGUAGUUGGGCACGCGAUGGCCGGUGUGAUGGCCGGUUGGACUGUGUCCUUCAUCGCGGGACCGGUCGAGCACAUCAAGGCGCGCUUGCAAGUGCAGUACGCAGCGGAGAAGAGUAAGAGGCUGUAUAGCGGGCCAGUUGACUGUCUGAAGAAGACAUUCAAGAACCACGGCAUCCGCGGUGUGUGGCACGGUCUCAGCGCAACUCUCCUCUUCCGCACAUUCUUCUGCUUCUGGUGGGGCUCGUACGACAAGUUCACCCAGUUGCUGAACACCCACACAACCCUCUCCGCUCCGGCCGUAAAUUUCUGGGCCGGUGGCCUGUCCGCUCAGAUCUUCUGGAUUACUUCGUACCCGAGCGAUGUGGUCAAGCAGCGGAUCAUGACAGAUCCUCUUGGCGCUGGGCGUAAGUUUCCGAGAUGGAGAGACGCGGCGAAGGCGGUAUACAGAGAGCAGGGCUGGAAGGGAUACUGGAGAGAGGCUUCGUGCCGUGCUUCUUGA